AUGAACAUUACGAAUGAUGUUCAUCUUGAAGACAAACACAUGCACGAGCAGGAAAUGGAUGAAGGGUUAAAUGAUGUCCCCAAUGAUGUGAACUUACCCCACCAUGACACGUACGACACAACAUUUGACGCCCAAUUCAUGGGCGAGCUUUCGAUGAUCGUUCCAGGGCCAUCCGAUCCUAGUGUACUGACUAUGGGUGAUUGUCACCGGUCCAGUCGAGCGUGGACCGAUUCGCAUGUUGACGUGUUAUAUUGCCGAGGGGGCAGUCAGAGCGUACACAAGAGGAUAGGCGCAAACCCCCGCAUUGUUGAUUGGAUACGGGACGCGGGCUUUUAUGGGAUAUAUCAGAUUGGCCAUAUCCAGUUGGAUUGGCAUCUAGUGGCCGCGUUGGUGGAGCGAUGGAUGCCAGAGACACACACGUUCCACUUGCCGCACAGGGAGGCGACUAUCACCCUACAAGAUGUCGCGGUGUUGUUUGGGCUGCCGAUUGAUGGGUUGCUCGUCAUUGGUCGUACUGCUGGACCAGUAUAG